UUAUGCCGGGCGUUAAAUGAUGAAGCCGGGCUGAAGCAAUGUAAUGGAAUAUGAAGAAAGGAAGGUAUUUUUUUUUUGUAAAGGAAGGUGAGAGGGGAGCACAGUGUGUUUGUAUGGCAGAAAGGCUGCAGCACCGGAGGAAGGCGUUGCGUUACGCUCCAGUGCGGCAGAGCAGCCCGGAAUAAACGUGCCAGCGCCGGGGUGAGGAACAAGAUGCUCAUCUGGUACCACUGCUAAGCUCUGGGGAGUGAAACCGCGAGAAGCUCUGUAGUCCUGCAUGGUUGGAUACUGGAGGGGAAGCAGCUGAGCAGUGCAGCAGGAGCCAUGUCUCUGCCUUUCCGAAAAGAGCUGGAGAAAUAUAAGAAUAUCAACGAAGAUGAAAUACUCAGCAAACUCUCAGAGGAUGAACUGAAGCAGCUAGAGCAUGUUCUCGAUGACCUUGAUCCUGAGAACGCCUUGCUUCCAGCUGGAUUUCGGCAAAAGGACCAGACCACCAAACCUGCCACGGGCCCCUUCGACAGAGAACGCCUGCUUUCAUACUUGGAGAAGCAAGCACUUGAGCACAAGGACAGGGAAGACUUUGUUCCAUUUACAGGGGAGAAGAAAGGAAAAAUAUUUAUCCCUAAAGAAAAACCCAUAGAAACUCGUACAGAAGAGAAAGUGACCCUGGAUCCGGAGCUUGAAGAAGCCCUGGCCAGCGCUUCAGAUACGGAGCUCUAUGACCUUGCAGCUGUUCUUGGUGUGCACAACAUGGUCAACAACCCAAAAUUUGAUGAAGGAGGAGCCCGCAGUAAAGAUGGAAAAGGAAGCGUGAGAAAUGUGGUCAAAGGUGAAAAGGUGAAGCCCAUUUUUGAGGAGCCACCUAAUCCAACCAACGUGGAAGCAAGUUUACAAAGGAUAAAAGCAAAUGAUCCUACUCUUGUAGAAGUUAAUCUGAACAACAUAAAGAAUAUCCCUAUUCCAACACUGAAAGAAUUUGCAAAAGCCUUGGAAAGCAACGUACAUGUGAAGACAUUCAGCCUCGCUGCUACUCGAAGCAAUGACCCUGUAGCUAUUGCGUUUGCAGAUAUGUUGAAAGUGAACAAAACACUGAAGAGUCUGAAUGUAGAAUCCAAUUUCAUCACUGGGACGGGUAUUUUGGCACUGAUUGAUGCGCUGAAGGAGAACGAGUCCCUGACAGAGAUUAAAAUUGACAACCAGAGGCAGCAGCUGGGGACAGCUGUGGAGAUGGAGAUUGCCAAGAUGCUGGAGGAGAACUCCAAAAUCCUCAAGUUUGGAUACCAGUUCACAAAGCAAGGCCCACGAACCAGAGUAGCAGCAGCUAUCACUAAAAACAACGACCUGGUUCGCAAGAAGCGCGUGGAAGGAGAGCGGCAGUAGCCACACACAGCGGAUACACGGCAGAACUGGAGCCCUCCAGCACUGCGAUCCCAGAGCGUUCAUGGGGAGGGAGGGAAGGCGCUGGAAAACCACUGCAAUGGGAGCUGCUCCUUUCUGUUCACGUCUCCUCUUAACCUUAAAAACGCAGCCUGAUCGUUUUUAACAUCCACAGUUCAUUUAAUUUUCAUGAGAGAAGAUUCAUAGUUGGUUUGAGUUUAAUCAAGAAGUUUCACAGUAUCUGAAGCCAAUAUGCAGAACCUUAACUGUGUUACUGGGCAUAACGUGUAGUGACAUUGACCCUUGUUAUAGGCACUUUUGGGUAAGCUAAAGUAUGACCUUGUGUAUGGAUAAGGGGUUCUCUGCUGAAAAUAGAAACCUUAGGGCCAAGUCCUGUAAUGCCUUACAUUGCAAAUAAUCCUUACUGGGUGUAUCAUCUGCUGAGCUGGGUCCUGUAACGGGGCACUCCCAUGCACAGAGCUAGAUAGAAAUGGCAGUGCAGCGUUGCAGGGUCUCACCCCGGGUCCUGCAUCGAGCCCUGGGGCUGUGCAGGAGCAACCCUUGUGCAGGGCUCUGCCUGCCUGACUCCACGUGCAGGGUCAUGCCUGGAUGUGUAAGCACUGUCAAAGCACAUCUGUUUACAUGAGCUUGGGUUCAGUGGGACGUGUUGCAGUGUUACAUUGGUGCUUGUUGUCCUCAUCCCAGAGAGUAAGUAAGCUUAGUGCUGCCAAUCCUAUAUACUUUGAAUGGUAGGUUUUUUUUCCUAUGCCAACAAGUUUUUAUUUGCUCAUAGAAUCCGCAGUUUACAGCUAUUAAUAUGAACAAGCAUUUGUUUUGCCUUGAGCCCUGUGUUCUGCUAUUUAUAUAUAUAUAUAUAUUUGUUAGUUUUAUAGCAACAUUCUCAGGACCUUUUUGCUGAAGGCUAAUUGAGUAGUUAAUCUCCAGCUGUAGCUGUGCUUCCAGGAAGAACACCAAGAGGGUCUCUGGACCAACUGCAGAACUCACACAUACUAUAUCUGCUGAAGCCUUUCUUUGGAGGUGAAACAACACGGGGGAGUCUUGCUGAGAUCUUCCCUGGAUACACUGAGGAUUUACUGUAGAAAAACUUUGAUAUUCCUUUAGAAAACAGCAAGUUCUGUGACACAGUCAUAACUCUGCAGGGUCUUAAAUAGACAGCCCUUAAAAGCCACCUGGAGCAGCAGGGUGACGCUGGGCUUUGCAGCAUUGAGGAAGAGAGGACCCACAUUCCUAAAGGCAGAAGAUGGCUGCUGACCAACCUCAGAUCAGAAUCACGCUGCCCCUAUUUUCUUGUUUUGUUCCAAUGAAGGCAAUCCCAACUUGUCAUUUUUUAAAUGCAUUUAAUUUUUUUUUUACACUUUUUUGUUAGUAAGGAUGGUACGUGCAUGUGUGUUUAAGGGAAACAAGUGCAAUCCAUUUCUCAUCUUAACUGCCAUUUCAGUGUUGGUGUGUGCAUGCAGCGCUCCAUAAGGAUGGCUGGCGUGGCUGCCCCAGUGCCUGCAGCAUGCUGCCCUGUGUCGCUUUGUGCAGAGCUGCACAUGUGGCCUCACUGCCCCACGCUGCCUUCAGCUCACAUCAUGGGCCAGGAACAGUCUGGGAAGGCCCAGGGCCACCUCCUGCCCUUCACAUGCCAUGUCUUUUGCACCAGCACAUGUUCUCCAGGAGGAGGGGUGCUCAAACACUGGGUAUCAGCCCCAGCCCUAAAAGCUGAGCACCCCAUGGCAGGGACCCAGGCUCCUUUAGCAUAUGGGGGGGGGGGAACCCAGCAGCCUGGCCCUCUGCUCCAGGCGGCCUCUGCCAGCUCUGCUCCUGGCUGUGAGGGAUCAGGGACAUCCAUCCCGCCUCUUCUAAGUGCUUUGCACAAGGGUUUAUCAUCAUCUGGCCCUGAGCAUCACAUAUCAAACACUGCAGCAGUAUAAGGAUCCGUUCAGUACAAUGACAGCACGGUGGUGAUGCUUGAAGGAAGAAUUUUGCAUUUAUAGCUCACUUAUAGGGUGAUUUAUCCAGUGGAAAUCUCUGCAUGUAACAUGAAGGGGUGAGGAUGGGACAAGUCCCUGUUAGAGCCACACUUCCCAGCAGCACUGAGCAGGGACAGGGGCAGAAGAGGCUCUUUUUCUUAAGCAAACCUUCAGGAGUAUCUUCGUCUACUUUUGCACAUUGCUUCUUGAGUUGACAGCUUCAAUUUGGCUCGUGUUUUUUAUACAGUUUCCUCAUGGAAAAGCUCAACUUUGUGUGUGUCCCAACAUGUACGUGAGUGGUGGUGCUGAGGGCAGCGCAGUGUUCAUGUUAAGCUCUAGAUGAGAUGUUACCGUGGGACCAUAAGUUGCCGCAUGCGCACAGCGUGGUGCAUAUUGCUCAAGGGGAAGGGAAUUGCCGCCCUACGGAACAUUGUGACUCUCCAACAUUGUGUUUUUUCUAAAUAAACCUUCACAAAAAUUUG